AAUUGUUUCGUCUCGUUCAUCGGUUCACCGCUAAACUCGCGCGUGUCUGAAAGCAAAGCCUUCCAUUGUAACGUAACGUAAGCCAAGUAAUGAAAUUAAAUUUAAAAAUUUAUUAACUAAAUUGGCCCAGUCUUGUCUGAAGGCAUCAAAUUUUCAUGCGCUAGUGAAAUAAAAGAAAGAAAUAUUUGAAUCAAACCAAAAGAAAGCGAGUAUAUUUUUCAUAAUACGAAAUAGUGUGAAAAGUGCUUUUUACAGUUGAAUUACACGAGAAAAAAGUGAGAGGUGAUAGGGUGUUUCAGUUAUGUGCAGCAAUUUUCGUUAUUCUCUAUUUCUAUUUUAACUUAAAACACGGACUUAAAGUUCCCAAAUUUUAUAACAUAGGAGGGGGAAAUGUUGUAAAAUCGUUUUUAACAUUUUUUUACUACGCUUGAUAAAUGAAGCAUGAAAGUGCAGGCGGCGGCGACAGCAUACAUCCAUCUACACAACCCAUGCAUAUGUUUGGAGGAAUGAGUGAGUGAAUACAUCAACGAAAAGGACCGACCAUCAAACGGCUAUUUUUCUUCUACGGAUCUGGACAAUAUUUUUUUAAUGGUCUUUUGAAACUAGAACAAAUAUUGAGUGUGUGCGUGUGUGUGUAUGGUUGUUUGUUUAAAUGGCCGUAAAAUUGUGAAAACAAUUCAGUGAAGUUCAUCUCGUGUAUUUGAUAGGCUUUUAAUUGUUUGGCGUGCCACAACCGAGAAACAUUAAUUGUGAAUAUUUAUUAACCACCCAUCGCUACAAGACUACGCUUGCACGAACACCAGAAAAAUAAGCAAAAUUGUUGAAAUUGUUGCGGGCAGCAGAAGAAUGUUGAUGUGAAAUACCUUUGUCCACAUCAAAAGGGGGCAUGAGAACGAACACAACACCAACAAACUAAAUAGUGGAGUUGAUGUGUAUACAUUUUUUCAUUUCUCCCCCUUGUGGAAUUUAUAAAGAAACCAGACCUUAGUAAAUGAAAAAAGUCUGUUUUAUACUACUUACCUAUACAGAAAACUUGUCUAAUCUUGAGUCUGGCUGAUUGCAUUAAAUAAAGUCCUCAGCUCCCCCCGCAACCAUAAAUAAUAACCAUUGAGAAGUUUACAAUAACUCGCCAAGCAUACAUAUCUACCCUACCAACCAACAAAAAAAAAUAAUCACCAGUUUACGGUACAUUUUCAACAAGUUGAAAUAGGUAUCCGUCAAAGGCAGCCACACCAAUGAAACAAAAUACCAAAAUAAAAAAAAAACAAUAACAAACAAAUAAAAGUGUCGAUAUUAUUGGAUAUUUUACUCUCUCUUUCUCUCUCCCUCUGCUUAACUGCCUUUUUUCUUUCCACCCAAAAGACCUCAAAGGGGCUAAACAGCCAGCAAAAAUCAAAACAAACUUAAAAAUACAGGUUUGGCAAGUACAAGAACAAGUACUCGCAAAAACAGCAAGAACAACCACAGCAUCGAUUAACCGCAUAGCGUUGGCAAAUAUUUGGGAAUAACAAAAACAAGAACAAUAUAUUCAGACAACUACACACAUACAUCAUAAUCGUUAUCAACACAACUCCAGUUUUCAUUCUUAAGUUGUCGUCUCGUAUAACAUCGUCAAAACAUUGUGUUCGUCGGCAUCCAUCUACAAAAACAAAGACAAACAUCUGAAAGACGACAGCUGCAUUUUGCAUCGUCCUUGAGCCGCACACCUCAUCACCCUCUAGCCCCAUAAAAAGAGUUCGCUGACUGUUCGCGUUUCUAACUCUUUGGCAUUGUUAUUGUUCAUUUGUCGGCAGCAGCAUAAAUAAACUACAAUCAAAAAGCCGUAUGUACUAUUUUUUUUGUUGGAUUGGUCGGUCUUUUGAGAAACCUGGCUUUUGCUGCCUCAGCGCUGCUGCGUUUGCUGUCACUUGGGCGCUUAACCUGUUUUAAUCUCAUUGUGCCUGGUGCAUAUUUUGAGAAUUGCAUUGUUUCCGUCGCUUUGUUUUGUUGUUGUUAUUUUUAUUUCUUUAUACGGUGCGACAACGGAUUUUCAUGAGUGCAAAAAUGAAUAAUUUUUCAUCAGCAGCAACAACAACUGAAACAUUGCCCAAGAGUGGCCAUGUUAAUGAAGUUUGCAAGGAGUGGUUGGUGCGAGAAGAUGGUGCUUUAGCCUAUAAAUUACAAUCACAGGAGAUCACAGACUUUUACAAAGGCAAUCGCACCCGCAAUGCUGUAGUAAGAGAGGAUUUCCCCACAGCAUUGCAAGAGCAGCUGAAAGAGAAAGAAACAGCAGAAAAACAAGCCGAAGCCUAUAGGCGUAGGCUAAAGGAGCAGGAGGAAUAUGAUAAACGAGUGGCCAAAGAAAUAACCGACAAAUUGGAAAGAGAUUUGCAGGAACAAAGAUUAAGAGAGCUCGAAAGUGAAAAAUUGGCUCAAGACAUGCAGGCUAUUUAUGUGAAUCUACCACCGGCGUUGCCGCCACCAUCGGCACGCGAUAAAAAUAAGGUACCACCACCUAGGCCAGCCAAAAGUUCCACAUUGUUACAAAGCAAUCAACAACCCAUAUCACCACCAAAUGGCUAUCGUAAUCCCAACAGUCCACAGUUUCCCAUACAAUUGCAACAGCAUCACUUUUCCAAUGCGGAUGGUGGUUAUGUUGGUCUAUCAUUACAUGCAACAACGGCUCAGCUGCAGCAACAUCAUAGAUCGCCAACAAACAGCCACAAUCAUAACCUCAACCACAAUAAUCUAGUGAAACUCUCGCCAGAGAAAUAUGACUGUCUGGUGGGAAAUGCCACCCCCAAUCAAACACCACCCACAGGGGUUAAGGAGCGUCAUUUGCAAGAGCACGCCGAUGACAUAGAACUGUAUGUGGAUCCAUGCGAUUAUAAGGAAAUCGGUUUGCCCAUGGCCGAAAUCAAAGAAAUGAAUGCCAAAUUAAAGCAGGAGCAAAAGGAUGAGCUUUUGGCUCGCCGCUUGCAGGAGUUGGAGGUACAGGAUGGCAUGACCCUGGAGGAACGAGAUCGUAUGCUGGCCAUCGAAGCUCAAGACAAAGAACUUGCUAAAAUGCUCCAAGAAAGGAUGGAUUUUACUACUUGGGAUAUAUUAAGACCUGGCGUUGUAACCAUACGCCAUGGAUGUAAUUUUUCGCGUGCCUUUGCAUGUUUACGAAUUGAAGCUUUCAAGGGAAUAUUACCACGUAUGACAACAACAAAAAGAAUAUGGGAAAAAGCCAAAGCUAAACGUGCCAAAGAAAAAGCUAGACAACGUAAAAGCCAACAAGCCAAGGAACCAACCACAAUGCCACACAGUCAACCUUUACCAUCCGCUAAUGGUCAUUUGCCCCUUAUGGCCCAUGAGAAUGGUAUGCUCACUUCAAACAGCUCCUCGUCGCGACACAGCCAACUGUCAGCCAUUGAGGGCCAACAAUAUCAUGCAGACCAUGAAGAUCCCUUGGAUUUGGAUGCCUACUCUAAUCCCAUAGACGUUCUUAAACACAGCCAACAACGCACACAAAAUGGAUGCCUAACAAAUGGCAGCCUGCAAAGAGAUUUAGUCAGUCAACAGGCUAGACAUGCUAGUCUAGCCAGAGAGGAUGAUAUCUACACACUACCCGUCGAUAGUUGCCGUCCUGGUCACAGCGUUGCCAACAAUAGUAACGCGAAUUUGAGGCCAGCUUCCAUGAAUGUGUGUGCGGAAAAUGGAUUGACAGUGGGUAGUGCGGGUGUUGGGGCAUAUUCACAAAAUUCCAUGACCAGAUCGGAAAACUUUUCCAUACACUCUCAUGACUCCAUGAAUUCUCGUCAUAGCUCCAAUUCCAAAACUCAAGCCUUUGAUCAAAACUCUAGCCCCACACCUCCUUACAUGCCAAUUCAGGGUACACGAAGAUCAAAUUCAAGUGAAGAUCGUAAAAAGAAAUCCAAGGACAAUAAAUGUACCCAUCAGUAAAUUUAAGGAAUAAAAAGUGAUGAUCACAAUUAUGGAUGCAGCAAAACGUAAAGAGAGCAAAGUCCAUGACAAAUAAAUUGUUAUUGCAAAAACUGUUGCAGAUUUAUUAGAUACGACAGAAAAAUAAGGAGAAACACAUAAACUAAGUCAUGGUUUCCAAUAAGAAAGGAAAGGAAAAGAAAGGAGAGGAGAGGCAUACCAAUUUGCACACCACCUUGCUAAACUACCAGAAGACUUUUUAUCCUACCCAAAGACUUAGAGAGCACCCCUAACCACUAUGGAAACCUUGUUCUCCCCCACUUUGGCUUAUUCGUCUACCGUUGCCCUAGAUAGCUGAAAUUGCUGAAAUAUUUGAAUAUCAAAAGAAUAUAUGAAAGAAACUGAUUUUUAGUAGAACUGUUUUUUAAUAUUCCAUUUUAUAGUUUGGGUAAUUCGCUCGCCCACAUACACCAUAUACGCAUAGAUAUACCAUAUAUUAAUUUAUAGAAUGAAAUUUUCUAAAUUAUAUCUAGAUAACUAUUAUAUAUGUAUGUAUGUACCCAUAUGUAUCGAUUGCAUUACUUACUUACUGCGUACAUGUAUGUAUGUAUCAUAAUUUACAAUCAAAACUUAAGUAUUAAAUAUUUAAGGGUAUUUUCUAUGAUCUAUUUCUAUUUAUGGUACUUGCAUUCAAAUACUUAUACAUUUUUUUCCUAUGAUAUAAGCUUGGAAAUAAAUUAAUAUUGAAAAAUAAUCAAAAACAAGUAAAACAAGGGAAUAAGUUCGGUCCGGCUGAACUGUGGAUCCCCACCACCUCGAA